AUGAAUCUCAACUUCACCUCCCCUCUACACCCUGCGUCUUCUCAGAGGCCCACAUCCUUCUUCAUCGAGGACAUCCUGCUGCACAAGCCCAAGCCGCUGAGGGAAGUGGCCCCCGACCAUUUCGCCAGCUCUUUGGCUUCUCGGGUGCCUCUACUAGACUAUGGCUACCCCCUUAUGCCCACACCCACCCUCCUGGCUCCUCAUGCCCAUCACCCUCUGCAUAAGGGAGACCACCACCAUCCUUAUUUCCUUACCACCUCCGGGGUGCCGGUCCCGGCGCUGUUCCCGCACCCCCAGCACGCGGAGCUGCCUGGAAAACACUGCCGCCGCCGCAAAGCUCGUACAGUUUUUUCCGACUCGCAGCUCUCGGGUUUGGAGAAGAGGUUCGAGAUCCAGCGCUACCUGUCCACGCCAGAGCGGGUGGAACUGGCCACUGCACUCAGCCUGUCGGAAACGCAGGUAAAAACGUGGUUUCAGAAUCGGCGGAUGAAGCAUAAAAAGCAGCUGAGGAAAAGUCAAGAUGAGCCCAAAGCGCCAGACGGGCCUGAGAGCCCUGAAGGCAGUCCCCGUGGUUCAGAGGUUGCCGCCGCCGAGGCUCGGCUGAGCCUACCCGCGGGCCCCUUCGGGCUGACCGAACCAGAGGACGAGGUGGACAUUGGGGACGAGGGGGAGCUCAGUUCAGGGCCGCAAGUGCUCUGA